AUGUAUAACGACAAUCGACGGACGCUCUAUCGACUGUUUGCUAUCUACUUCGAAGCCAUUCUGGAGUCAUCGGCACAGCAUGGCUGGACGACGGGCUGCUGUCCCUUCCAGGGAAUGUCCAAGGGGCGCCGAGAGCGGAGCGGGCCUGACAGAGGGACUGAACUCUGCCAACUUUCACAGUGUAGCUCCAACGAGGAACAAGGGAGAAGCAGGCUAACGGCUUGCAAGGAGGUACUCUUGCCUGAAGCUGCAACUGGAUACAAGGUCUUUUAUUGCGACCAGAGCAAGUUCUGA